GCCUUAUGAUUAUGAUUCGUGCAUCAUGAUCUCUGACACCAAUUCCCCUCAAAAUAGAUGCCAGGAGCGCGUUGCCCGACCUGCGCCAAGCAGGGCAAAGAAGUCUGGGUCAUCCCUGGCAAGAACUGCCACAUCUGCGGAACUCCCGUCGGCUGAUUUGAACAAAGUGUGAGGCGUCCUCCUGAGAACCGUGAAAAUUAAACUUCCUGCUAAUGAGGACGAAGAUCAGUGAACAAUUUCUGACACUCAGAUCUCAAUACCAUUUCUUGGCGGGAAUUUUCGUUUUGUUCUACCUUCCGGGGAUAACAGAAGAGAGAGAAGAAGAGAGGCCACCCGCUUCCGAGGAGGGGGGGGGGGAGGAAAAUAUCACGACGUGCUUGAUCUCCGGGAACUCUCAUGUCUUGUCUCUUCUGGUUUUCAACUUUCUGAAUUGGAAAAUGGGAAUUGAUGGGUCCGUGACACCGGUUGGGGGCGGGUGGAUGAGGCGCGCGCUAUCAGUUGAGGGGAGACUGAGCGCUUCUCAGCAAAGAGAAGGUGUUUCUCGGGCAUCCAUCCCUCGACAGCAGUCGGCGGUGAUGGGGAAGGGUAUUUCUUUUUCUCGGUGUACGAUAGUGAAGGAUCGAAAAGCAUAUAACGCAAGCGCCUUGAGGGAGACCAGUGGCAAGUUCGAAGAAGAUAGAUUGUGUGUGCGUGUGAGUGAGAAUGCUCAGUAAAGGAGUUGUACGGUUGAUACCGUGGGAUUUUCUAUACCUCCUGAGGUUGGGGACUAGUUCAGUAAGGGAAGGCGCCUGACAGGGAGGUCUGCAGCCUGAGGCAGUCCUUUCCAACUCACUACUUCCAAGUUUCUCAUUUCUCCUUCUACGAAGUUCAUGCAACUAGCCUGACUCAUCGUCGCCCUUCCUCC